AAUAAGAAAACAAUGAAGACCACUCAACAUUUCAUUACAAUGAUACCCAGUAGUGACAGCACCUUUAUUCAACGGCAAGAGUCCUGCACGAAUACGACCAACACCAGUUUGGUCGACGCAUUUAAAGACAACUUGCUGCUACCGACUUUUACAACCGCUUCAAAAAUACGGGUGGCAGUAACGUUUAUCUUGUUUGUAAUUUCUGCCUUUUUAAACUUAGCAGUUCUCUUCUCAACUUUGAGGAACCACAGAGGGAAGAAAAGCCACAUUAGGAUGCUAAUAUUUAACCUGUGCUGUGCAGACCUACUAGUCACCGGUGUUGUGAUGCCUUUGGACGCAGUAUGGAACACAACAGUCCAGUGGAAUGCGGGUAAUAUUGCCUGCAAAUUCUUAAUGUUCCUGAAGUUGGUCGCUAUGUACUCCUGUGCUUUCGUUACUGUGGUAAUUAGCAUUGACCGGUACUGUGUCAUAUUGCAUCCCCUCGGAAUUGGAAGUGCUAAUCAAAGGAAUACAAUUAUUUUGACAGUAGCGUGGGUACUGAGUACUGUGUUCGCCGUCCCUCAGCUUUUCCUCUUCCACACAGUCUCAAUCUCCCAUCCAGAACCUUUCACUCAGUGUGUGACCCACGGCAGCUUCACUGAACCAUGGCAGGAAAAGGCUUAUUUUCUCUUCACCUUCACCUGGCUCUUCCUAGUGCCCUUCGUUGUCAUGGUCUUCUGUUACACAUGCAUACUUGUUACUGUUUCCAGAAAAGUAAAUACAGGAGACAUGCAUUGUAAACAUGCAACAUUGAGAUGUACAAGAGAUAACACUCCCAAAGUCCGGAUGAAAACCUUACGGAUGACCAUUGUACUGAUGGGCACCUUCAUCCUUUGCUGGACUCCAUACUAUGUCCUUGGAUUCUGGUAUUGCUUUUUCCCAGAGAUGAUAAAUACUCAAGCAGUGCCUGAAGCCAUCAAUCAUGUGCUCUUCAUCUUUGGGCUUCUGAACAGUUUCUUGGACCCUAUAAUCAGCCAGAUAGGGUAUCUCAAAAUCAAGAAGGGUCGAACCCCUUCUGUCAGCAUUUAAUUGGCCCCCAUGUAUGAAGAAAAUGCACCCUUCAGAGUUAUUAAACAUUUUUGCUGUACAGGUUACUCUGUAAUUUUUCAAUUAUUAGAAACCAUAAUAUAAUAAUUAUGAGUAGAGAUAUGUUUAAACUCAAAUCAAUGGUAUUUAUGGAUUUUAAGAUACAUCUUUUUUGUUCAGAAGACUUUAGCUUAAAAUAUUUUAAUACUGGAGUUGGAAAAAAUAAAGUAACAUGUUUUCAUAUCUAGCACACACUUUUUUGUAAAUGGCCUGUCCCUCACAUGACUUAUUAAUUUAUUUUGCAAAUGGAAUCGAUUUUAAAAAAAGAAUGUAAUCUUCACGCUAACUAAUGAGGAAUGCUCUUGUAUGCCUCCUGUACAAGUUUAACACCUUACUGACCCACCAUCCAUGGUACACCCAUUUGGUAGGUGUUUCUAUGCCUAUUUCCAACCCCUAUUUAUUUCAGGUAUUUUAACUAAACUGGUACAUUUAGAUGUACUGGUUUACACUUGUGAAACUUAUUCUGAAAUAUAUUGCACUAUGUAAUUGUGUAUUUGUAUGCAUGGCACAUUUAAUUUAUCUUGUAAAGAGUAACUGACUUAGGCCCGGACCAAAUCAAUACUUUGACAAUCUGCUAAUCGCACUUAUUUAAUAGCUUUUUCUUUUUUUUUGUAAGUAUCUAUUUCUUCUACUCAGAAAAAGAAAACACUAUUAAAUACAGUUUUGUUAAGUGUGAUUAGCGGGUUGUCAAAGUUUUGAUUUGGACCCAGCUUUAAUGUUAUUAUUCUGUAAAUUGCACUGAGUGUAUUGUAACCCAAAUUAGAACCUGGAUUAACCUUCAUUAUGUCUUGUACUCAAUUGUGUACAGUUUUUAAUGUUAUUUUCUUCUAGCA